AUUAUUAUUUAUUAAUAAAUUAGUCAUUACUCUUGAGUAUAAAAAUAUAAAUUCUUCGUUACUUACCAAAUGUUAUAAGUUAUUAUUUAUCACUUUUUAGUCUUGAAUUAUAGUGCUCAAUAUAACCGUUUAAAUAUAUACAUACGUAUAGGAAUAAACUAAUACAUUUACUGUUGUCAAUUAGUAAUGAAUUUGUUUUAAGCGUGAAACUGGUAGUGCGUCAAUUUUGGGAUAUGAUUUUGUAUGCUUUAAUUUUAAGAAGCCGGGACAUUCUACCACUGACGUCCACUACCAAUUACCAAUGUAGUAAUGGCCAGAGUGCCAUUGACUUGAAAUUAAUUAACAAGAUCGUAAAGAAUGUUCUAAAGAAAACUGAUAUACCCAAAAAUAAAUGUUUCCUUCGCACCAACGACAAAACCUACUACUUUUUACCAUGUUUGAAUAUAAUUUGCAUGGCAAUGUGCAUUCCAUCAUAUCCUCAAGUUUUAGCCUACAGCUUUUUAGAAGAACUAGCUGGAGAGUUUACAAAAAAAUAUGACCGUUUUAAAGUUGAACAAGCCUUGAGGCCCUACAAUCUUAUUGAGUUUGAUACUACUAUACAUCCUAUUCAACAAAUGUAUAAUAAGCCACAACAACUGACAUCCAGAAUAAAUUUGGCUGAAAUUACUCGUGAUAUCACGUUAGAUCCACCUCAAGAAGUAUUUAUUGUUGAAGAAAAUUCUAAGAAUAAUAUUCAUACACCACAAGUUAUUCCUCCGACUGUUCGAGUUGGACCACUGCCUACUUUAGAACCUUUAUCUUUUAUUGACAAAACGUCUUUAAUUUUUACCAUAUGUUUAAUUAUACAUAGUAUUGUCAUAGUAAUGGAUACUUGGAGGAGUUGGACUACUGAGGAAGAUGACUCACUAGAUACUGGUUGGCUUCACUUUUGUAGUAUUCUCUUCCGAUUAGCUCAGAUGUAUGUUCUUACGCACAAGCAAAUGUAUAGAUGGAAAAAAGGGUGGACACUGUUCUUAGUGCUAUUAGGUAUAGAUUGGUUUCUGUAUUUCAAUGAUGAACUAUGGCAAGUGAUUUUAGUUUAUGUCAUUACUACACUGACACAUACAUGCAUACUUAGACGGAAAAUUGCCAUUAAAUUACCACAAUAUCAGAUUUAAGCAUGAAUAAAAUAUUUUAAAUCCUAUUUUAUUAUGAUAAAUGUGAAUUAAACAUAAAAUGCUAUUCUGUUAACAAAACAUUGUAUAACAAAUGUUUCUUUUUCUACAAAAAUUGCAAUAUAAAACCAUUAUUAUAA